GAGAGUGGCGGCGCAGGCCUUCCUGCAGGCAGAGCCCCCCGUCUGCUACUCGAACGACGGGCAGGUGUGCAACCGCGAGGCCCUAGGCGAGACGCCCGCGGAAACGGAGCGGCUGGACAGGGAGAUGCGGCGCCUCCGGCACGAGGAGCAGGGUGGCACCCUCGUCGCGCGCGUGAGGGCGGCCAACGCCGCCGCCGCCGCGGAGGCGGCCAACGUGCAGCGCGAGGCCAAGGCCUACGCCCAGGCCCGCGCGGACUUCGAGCGCGCCUUCAAGGCCUACAGCGACGAGGCGCAGGGCUGGCGCAACGCGGUGCGUGGUCUCGAGGACGACUACGCCAUGCACUGCCGCCCCUUCCACGACGUGACCAUGAAGUGCGAGAAGGAUUGGCGCACCGCGCUCAAGUGGUGGAGCGCGAGGGAGCCCAUGCCGGAGUGCCCGGUCGGCGUGGUGACGCCCUUUCGGCGGGCCCCGGCGGCGCAGAGCGGUGUCUGUGCCGAUCUGUCCCGCCCGAUCACCGCGGUCACGGCGCCGAGGUCGCCCUACCCCCUCUCGGAGCUGCAGCCGCUGCUCGGCUGGGGCGCGCCGGCCGCGGCCGCGCUGCCCGGGCAGCCGCUGCACGCCGCGGGGCCCCGAGGGGCCCCCGCUGCGGCACGGCUUUCGUUGCCGCGCGGCCCCGACCCCGAGGCGGCGCGGCACGGCAGCCGCGGCUCCUCCGGCGGCGGCUGCUCCGCUGGGGGGGGCCGCGGACCGCGCGCGGCGGCACACGACAGCGCGGGGAUCCUCAAGGCGACCUCCCGCGGCGGGUCGAGGCCGGACUCCCGAGCAGGCUCCGAGGUCCACGGCCGGCACGCCACGAUCUCCGCGCAGGACGGCCAGAGCCGCGGGCGCGGGGACGCCCAGUCGCCUCCGGAGUCCGAGGCAGACACGUUCGGGCUCGAGGCGAAGCUGGCGCAGCUGGCCGACAUGGGUUUCAGCGAGCGGCAGGCUUGCAUCUCGGCGCUGCAGCAGACUGGUGGAGACGUCGGCCAAGCAAUCGGGCUGCUGUAA